AUGGCGGAGUUGAUGAAUUCGUCGUACGAAGCGGAUCAUGCUGUGCAGACGCGCUCCGGCCCGACGGUCCUUACGGAGGAACAUAAGCGUAAAAAUUUAGAGCUUCACUCCCGUUUGGGCGAUGUUCUCCCUCUUGACGAUCGCCAGAAGGUCUCGGAUUGUGAUAUUCUCUACCGAUUUCUUAUUGGCAGGAACUGGGUGGUGGAGGCGGCGGAGGCGUCCUUGCGAACCUACGCCUCCCUGCGGAAAAAGAAGAAGCUCAACGGCAUUAUUGCAGAGAAGUUCAGUAAAGGUGUUGAGUCGACCGCCUCUCUUUUGUACGGGUUUGAUAAGGAUGGUCUUCCAAUCAUGUGGAACACGCCAGAUUUUCGGCUUCUGGUGAAACUUUUAAAAAGCGGGCUUAAAAGUGAUCUACUGCGGGUGCAAAUGCAGGUGAUGGAAAAGGCACGAUUUCUGGCAAAGGAGCGGCAUGUGGAUCGCUGCACGCUUGUCUUGGAUCUUCGUCACACAAGCAUCUCAUCUGUCAACUCCCACACCUUGGCGUUUGCGCGGGAGUUUUCCAAGAUCAUGCAGGAGUACUACCCAGAGAUCAUGCGCCGCAUGCUUGUGUUCAACGCCGGUUGGGCCGUGACAGGGGCAUGGAAGGUGGUGAAGCCGUUACUCGAUCAACGCGUGCAAGAGAAGGUGCACUUCUUUUCUGGCCCCCCCUCGAUGGAGGCCCUGCUUCCGUUUAUUGACGAGGACCAGGUGCCGCCGUCACGUGGAGGGAAGGGCAGACGAGACGUGGUGGCUGAAAUGAUUGCGGCCGAAGUAGAACGCGUUAGAUGCGGCUCAAGAAAAGGGGCAAAGACACACUUGGAGGGAUUAACCCCGUCAGUGAAAAACGCUUCAAUGGCAUCCGAUGCCACGAAUGCGGCAAUGACACCGGUUUUGUUGCCGUCAUGCAUACAUCAGGAUCCAACAGGAAUUGCGGGGGAGGAAGUAGGCGACAAAGCCAGUGCAAAGUCUUUGUCUCCCCAUGAAUAUGAGCGACAUGAAUUGGGAACUUUGGAGCGGCUAGGCAGCUCCGGGUCAACAAGCAGUGAAGGAUUGGAAGUCUUUAGUCUCUACAGCUGUCUUGGUUCCAGCUCCGAAGACGGGGUCGCUCCAGUGUCGUUGCAAAUAGGCUCCCCAGAGGUCAUGAACUUCUCCAUCAACAACGGAGAUGGGCCAGCGAUCGGCUCAGCCAACGAGCAGAGAGCGCAAGUGGUGUCGCCUGAAAGUAAUCAGAUGUCAAUCAAUCUAGUGUGGUACGCCAAUGGCAAAGUCGCCGGUUUUUGCGAUAGAAAACUAAUUGGGGAGCUGGAGCACAACCUUGUAUACGGCUUUCCAGAAGGUGUCGUGACAGAUUCCCACGUUCCGCGAGCCUCCCCUGCUUCCUCUCCAUUCCCAUCAACAUCGGGUGGGGUGCAACAACGGGUGCUGAUGGGUGAGUUGCUUGGCGAGAGUGGACAUCGCAUCCACCAUCACGUGAUUGUCUGCGAUGCCCGACGUCGUGCCCGCUUUGUCCUGCGGAAAGGCCGACUGCGUCGUUCUGUGCAAGUGUUUCAGUUCUUGAGUGGUGCAAAUGUUGUCACCGACAGCCUGACGCGCCACACCGCAGUGGGUGAAAGAGUAAAACUGGCGGUGUGCGUGCCGUAUCGUAGUGCCGUGAAGGACCCAACGGCGUGGGUGAUGAACUCAGUGGGCGCGGCUGCAAAGAGUGCGAAGGGCGACGUGCGGCAGCAGCGGAGUCCAAAGCGUCUAGCAGAAAAGCAGGGACAGACACUCACGGCGUACGGCAAGCUUGCGGAACUGGCGCCAGUGGACCUCUUCACUUUGCUGGUAGGUGUCUGCGGCAUGUGGGAGGCAGACCUGCGCCUGACAAAAGUGGUCGACGGGAUGGCAGUGAAGACGUGUUUCUGA